CCAUAUGUCCCCGGCCUGUGUGAAAAUCCACAAUCUGGACAGAAAGCUGCAGAGUACAACCACCCUGUGAGGCUAUUUUGGCCCAAGUCCAAACCACUUGAUAAUAUGUAUCUGGAAGCAGCAGAUUUAUUACGGAGCUUUCCAGUCCAAGCUACCUUAUCAUUUUACAAUGACUCUGAAUCAGACACAGACAAUGAGGAGAACAACAGUGAGGAAGAACAUGACUCUGGAUUUGAAUCUGAAUAA